AUCAUUCGUAUGAUUAGUGAUCGUUUACUCUUUUGCAAAAUUUAUUCGAUACAUACCUAGUAGUCAAUUACUAUCUUUCUUUAUAAUUGUAGUUUAUAGAUGUGUUAGUGGAUAAGGUGCAUGAUUGUGCAAAACUUGUUUUAAAUUUAUUACAGUAGUUCAGUUUAAAUUAUUGUGUAGUGUAGUCAAGUGUAGUGCCCAUGUCGCAGUCCCUUGUAUUAAAAAAAACUAAAUAAUAUAAUAAUUUUAAUUAAUUUGCUAUUUCUGAUUGAAAAUAUACUCCUUUUGACUGCUGUAGGAUGGCGGAAGUCAAUGGACAUCAAAUAAAAGAAAAUUUACCUCCGGGUGUCCAAGUGGAAGAGGUCGAGAUACCAGUACCAUGGGGUCACGUAUCGGGACGAUGGUGGGGACCUAAGGAUCAACAGCCACUGAUCGCUAUCCACGGUUGGCAGGACAAUGCUGGCACUUGGGACAAUCUCGUCCCACUUUUGCCUGUUAACACAUCUGUCCUCUGUAUAGACUUACCUGGACAUGGUUUGUCAUCACACUAUCCAAAAGGAAUGCUGUACUACAUUUUCUGGGAUGGGAUUGUCUUAUUAAGAAGGAUUGUGAAACAUUUCAAGUGGAAGAAAGUGUCUUUGAUGGGACACUCCCUUGGCGGGGCCUUAAGUUUUAUGUACGCUGCAUCCUUUCCAAAUGAUGUUGACAGGAUUAUAUGUAUCGAUAUUGCUAGUCCAGCGGUGAGGGAGCCAGCGCAUAUGGUGAACACCACUGGUGGUGGAAUAGAUAAAACAUUGCAAUAUGAGAAUCUUACUGAUGAGGAUGCGCCCUGUUACGAAUACGACGAGAUGAUAGAUAUAGUUGUUGACGCUUACAAAGGAUCAGUAUCGAAGGAGAACUGCAAGAUCCUGAUGAAAAGAGGCAUGGCACCGUCUCCCCCGCAGAGCAAGAAGGAAGGAUAUUACUUCAAAAGAGAUCCCAGACUCAAAGUCUCGGGUCUCGCGAUGAUGUCCAUCGAAACGGCACUGGAAUAUGCCAACAAAUUAAAGUGUAAAGUGUUGAAUAUUAGAGCGCUACCCGGUCAGAAGUGGGAGAGGCUGGAUUAUUAUUUAAAUGUCAUAGAGAAAUUGAAAGAGGUGACAGAGGUGAAGUAUGUAGAAGUGGAAGGCACGCACCACGUACAAUUGGAGUCGCCCGAUAAAAUAGCAAGUAUUAUAGAAGAAUUUUUAGAAGAAUAUUAAUUUAUGCACAUAUUAGGUGAAUAGUUGUGAUAUGCAACGUAAUGGUAGUUUCAUGUUGUACUAGCUAGACACAAUGAAUAUGCAAGUGCUUAAGUAUUUAAUGUGUACAUUCAAAUUCAACUGUGGUACAAUGAUUCCUAAUUUACAAAUAAUGAUGAGUAUUGACAAAUGUAUUGUAAUUAGACGAGGCAUUUUGAAAUUGCAUUAACUUAAAGGUAAACAAGCUGUAACAUUCAUAUUGUUACACAUAUUUGUUGCUGCAACAAAUUAAAUUAUUAGAUAGUUAAUUUGUUUGCAUCUUUAGUGCAUACAAUUGUAUAAAGAUGGCAGGAAUAGAGUUUUCAAAUGUGCUUGUAAUUUUUUAAAUAAUGUAUUAAUAUUUUGACCACUGGCAUUUUAUGAAUGUAUUCUGUUAUUUUAUGUACUUAUAAGUUAUCUGUAUCUUGUAUGUAUCUAGGUAAUUCAAUUGAAAUCUAAAAUUUUAAUUUCGCAUUAAACGCUUUUUAGUCGCGCCCUACUAAAAAUGUUGUUUAACAGCUUUUUCAGUAGGCAUUGUCUGUACUCGGACUUAAGUAAUUGAGUUUUUAUAAUAUAAUUUAUUAGUAAAAAAUAAAUAAAUAAAAAAUACUUCAUUGGUAUUUGGUAAAUGAAUACACAUUAGUAUAAGUGACCUAGUUACACUGAUGCAGUGAUGAAAUGGCUGUUAGUAAGUGAACAAUAUUAAUUUAUUUUUAGGUAAUGGGUUUUUGUCGAGCAUAGCUCGUGUUAUUAGACAAAUAAGCUAUAAAAAUUGACACUCAUUAAAGAAUUGUUGACAUAAUAGUAGUAUUAAUUCAUCGUUUUUUGUUAUCGUUUUUUAUUUUUUAUAAUUUCAUUUAUAUAUUUUUGUACUUUUUAAUUAAUAACUUUGCACAUGGUGCUAUUAAAAGACAUGCAGGGAAUUAAUACUAGAAUGGAUUCGAAUUUUAUUAUAUAUAUUUUUUAUUUGUCUAUGACAAACUGAUGUUCUAAAGACGAUUAGUUAUAACAGAUCGUGAGCAAAAAUAAAUUAGGUGAUUUAAAGGAAAGCAUUGGUAGUGUAAAAAAUGCGUAAAUCUUAAACUAAAUAUUAUAAUAUUAAAUGUUUAUUUUAGUUUCUUUAUUUUUAAAAUAAAAAUAGUUUAUUUUACUACAUUAAAAAACUGAGCUUGUGACAAAUAUAUUUACUUACUUAUACCGUUACAUAUGUAUUUAAUAUGUAUGACUUAUGUGACACUAAAGUAAUUAUAUACGUAUGUUCAACUUAGUUUAUUUUUAGUUCUGUUAGAAAACAAAGGUAAAUGUUUAUAUUUGAUUUGUGUUUAGUUUCUUUUAAAUUAUACUUGCAGGUGACGGUUACUACUUUCCAUUAGGUGGGCCAUAAGCCUU